AAAAAGUCCAUAAACGGUAUAAACCAUAGCUUGUGAAUAAUUGUGUGACUGAUUGUUUAGUUUUAGUUCGUAGACGAGACGAUUUAAUCACUCAAUAUUAUUUGAAUCGAUGAGCUGAAAUCAACUUAAACUGAAUUAUUGUCAUAAUGAUGAAAACUCCCGAAAAAGAAAUGCCCGAGCCUAAGGAUAAGAUGUCGGGCCACAUCAUCAGACAGCUGGAGGAGCGACAUGUAGCCAGUAAGGUUGACCUCAUGGUGUGGUCCAACAAGAUGGAUUUAUUGGCCCUCUCUAAUACCAAAGGAGAGAUCGCUCUACAUCGUCUAACAUGGCAAAGAGUGUGGUUGCUGCCGCCUCCGUCCCCCGACAUUAUUGUUCGCAAGCUUGCUUGGCGGCCCGAUGGCAGAGUUAUUGCAGUUGCCUAUGUGCCAAAAUCACCUGGUGGUGAGGAAGUAAAAGGAUCAGUGUCCUUGGUUGAUGUGGAGAAUAAGGACAUUCUUCAUACAUUGAAUGUGUCUGAUGACAUCACUAGUCUUGUGUGGCUCCAAGAGAGCACAGACUGUCCCCAGACUGUGGGGGGCCAUAACCAGGAUGGAACAGCUGAUUUCUUGCCCAAACUUCCUUCUCUUUCACGUAGUUAUGGAUCCAUGGGCGAGAAUGCUGAAGAAAACUUAGAAGAUGCCAAAAGAAUAAAAGAUCAAACACAUUUAAAUUUCUUACUUAUUGGAACAAGUGAUGGAAACAUAUACUUGAGUGUUUUUGGCCUCUUCUCUUGUGGUGUAAUUAACAUUAAAAAACAUCUAAUUGAAGAUGAAAAUGAUAAUAAACAUAUUUCAGUAUUGGAUGCGGAAAUGAGCUCAGAUAUGAAAUCAAUAUAUUUAUUGGUAGCAAUUGAUAACAAAAAAUUAUAUUUUGAGUCGACCAAAGAAGAAAGUGAGUCUGUUGUAAAAGGAAACACCAUUGAUCCAGAAGUUGAUAAAGAACUGCCUUCUACAGCUGAAAAAGCUUGUCAGACAAGUAACAAAUCAAAAACCACUUUACCAAGUGAUAAUGUUGAGGGCAAAAAAGAAUAUGCUAAGAAUGCACCUCAUGAAGGAGGCAGUGAUGCAACAAAACGAGAGUUAAAACUUGUGAUUUUGGAUACAAGAAUUUUGUCAUCCAGAUCUCGAGAGCUUCAUGCUUUGUCACUGAAACAUGGACACAUCGUAUCAUUACUGGACUAUUUAUCUCAAACAAUGCGUUCUAUCAUAGAAGCUUGGGAAAACAUAUACUUAUUAGAAAUUGAGUCAAAACUUUCAAAGCAUGCAGAAUCCCUUCCAGAAGGAUCACUUUCAGCUGACUUUUUAGAACUGUUGUUACUCGGUGUAGCUUCUGAUACAUUGGAAAAUUUUCUGUUAAGAGAGUUAAAUGACAAAGGAAUAAAAAAGCUUGGGCACUCAAUAGAACUAAGCCAUUCUAAUAUUCAGAAGCUAAUUCUAAAACAUCUUCUAUCAGUUGGACAAAGCUUAGCAUACCAUCUGGCAGAAAUGAAGGGAAUGGCCAAACUUGCAGAUCGAUUCAAAGUUCUUGGACUUGAAGAAGAAACAGUCUCAGAGGCUUUCAGUGCCUGUGGAUCAUUCCUGAUAAAAGCCACAGAAGUGCAGCUUGUUAUAGAUGAAAGUAUGAAGAGGUAUAAAGCAUUUUUUCGAUGGUUGUAUGCCAUAAUUCUUAGAAUAUCUGAUGACCGUAUCCCUGAUCUAACUAUGACUGAUAUAAGCCAACAAGAUUUAGAAUUUAUAGCUGAUUAUUUGAACAACCUAGAUGUAAAAACAGAUGAAGAUGGAACGCGAAAGAGACAUUGUUAUUUGGACAGACUUGGUCAGUAUUUGGUUAAUAGAGAUUUAACAACUCCGAGUGAAAAUGACAAAAACAAUCAAUGGCAGAAGCUGCUAGAGGAAAAUCCUUGUUUGCAAAAUCACUUUUGCAUAAUCAAAAGAAACAAAAAUAACUCUCUAAUUCAGCAGCAUGAACAUUUAAAAGCAGCCAUAGAAACAGUUUUUAAAACUCCCGAAGAUGCUAUCGGCAGUAUGUUUCAGUUGAAAAAGGUUAUCACUGUUGCCGAUGUAGCAUACAAAAGAUUAACCAUGUCAUUAUUGGAUGAUCACUUGAUUUUGAUAAGUCUAAUUGAGUUAGAUUCCCCAAAUAUAUUUAAACUUAUUCAGAUCCCAGCAGACGAAAAUAGGCAGGUAAUCACAAAAUCUGUUUCAUUCAAAUCAGGAGAUUCAGUUGCCAUGAAAUGCCUAGACGUUCAGUUUUACUUACCAGAAAUCUUAUCUGUUCUUCUAGAAGAACAAGAUGAGAGUAAAAGUGCAGUUAUUGUGCAAGUUAUGACUAAAGCUAUUUGUGAUAAUCCCUUAGACAAUAUUGAAGGAAAUGCACUGUCUACUGAUUCAGUUGUUAUGCGUCAAAUUCCUGAUUUAGUCGCUUCUUGUUUUGCUGUCAGUGGGACAAGAAAAAUUGCUGUGGUUUUGUCAGAAAGCAGAAGGAAAGUCAGACUAUUCGAGAUGGAAGCAGAAGAUGAAGAUGAAGAAGAUGAAAUGACAUCUGUGGAACCUUCACCCGGUUUAAAUGACUCUCAAAGGAGUCAGAAGUCGUCAAGUUUUCUUGAUGACGAUGAUGAUCGGCUAGAAAUCAACAACAUAAAACAAGACACAAGUACCGGUAAUUUAGAACUUGAUACUACGGCGGAGCCUGAUGUUUAGCAACAGUUGCUAAGUCAGUCUUCAUAUUUUUACAUUCAUUUUGUAA